CAUAACCUAUGAAAUAAUGAUAGGAAAUAAAUUUGAGAGCAAAUUUAUUUUGAAAAGUAAACAUUCUUAACUAAAUUAUGUCUAGUCAAUAAAUAAAAUAGUGAAUUUCUUUCUAGCAAAAUUGUCUUACGACAUUGUAUAUAAUACUUUCAAUUCUACAUGAACUUGGAGAUAAUUAUCUAAAUCAAGAGCUGGAAGCCUUUUAAAAUACCAAGUUGAAGUAGUAAACAUGGAAACUCUGCAUGAGCUUUUACUACCCUAUAAAGAGGAAGUUGGGAAACUAGCUGGUAUAUUAACAAUUGCCCAAUUUUUCUCGGGAAUAUUCAUUUGCCGAGAUAUUUACAAGAAUAAAAGUACUGAAGGGAUAAGUUCAAUCCCAUUUGUUGGUGGUAUAACAAUUGGAGUGUUGAAUUUAAAAUAUGGAUUUUUAUUGCAAGAUGAAGUAAUGAAUGUUGUCAAUACUGCAGCUAUAAUUCUCAAUUUACUGUAUUUGGCAUUUUAUUUUCUGUAUUCUAAUAAUACUUGGAGUGAUAUUUACAAACCAGGAAUUUAUGGUUCACUCUUGAUAGCAAUUUGUCUCGGAUAUACUGAAAUGGAGGCUCCUGAAGUGUUAGAAUUCAGAUAUGGCCUGUUAGUAACUGUUUUAAUGUUACUCUUGAUGGGAAGUCCAUUGAAAGAUGUUGGAAAAAUUAUAGCCACUAAAGAUGCUUCAUCGAUACCUUUCCCUCUGACUUUUAUGGCAACUAUUGUAACUUUCUUAUGGUUACUCUAUGGGAUCAUCCUAGAUAAUAAUUUUAUGGUGAUGCAAAACGCUCUUGGUUUUUUGCUGUGUUCUAUACAAUUAGUAUUGAUCCUAAUGUACACACCACCUCCUAAGGAAAAAACGAAGAAGAAAAAAAAUUAAAACAUGUGCCAAGCUACCAGCUCAAUUGGAAAAUUUUCAGUAAAUUUAUAAUAGGAAAAGUAUUUUUAUAUAUCAUAGUAUUUUAUGUCAAAUUUUAAAUUCCAAUUAUAGCAUUUAUUUUAUUUUUGUGACAAUUUUUCUAUAUUAAAUUCGAUUUGUACCUAUCAAGUUACAAAUGAAUACAUUGUUGUAUUAUAUGUAUUGAUGCAUUUAGACCUUUUAUAUAUAUUGUUUUAUGGAAGUGUUUCAAAUACUAGUCGAAUUUUACAAAUAGACUACAAAAUUCAGAAAGUUAUGUUUAAUUUUCAUAUGAACUAAAUUUGUAUCAAUUCAAUUUGUUGAUUUUGUGAAAUUUUAUACCUCUAGAAUGUUUAUAUCGAUGUUAUUGACUUUUAGGCUGUGAAAUGUAUCAAUAAAGAAUGUUUAUGGCA